AUGGAGGUUGAACAGCUUGCUCAAGACUUUGAGAACUUGCCAACACUAAUUGAAGAGGAAGGUGGAACGCAGUGGUUUGUCGACAUGAUUUUUAUUGCGAAUCUCAAGUUGUCAGAAAGAUUACUACGACGUUCUGCUAGAGAACUUUUUCCGCAUGUGCGUGUUUUCGGGUUCAUGGUGACAUUUCUGCUGCAGAAGAGCAUAUCGAUCCCAGCACUUCGUCGCGCUGUAGUGAUUAAUUCUGUACACAUUGCCUGUGGAUACACUAGUGGCCAGUUCAAACCCACCUCCUACUAG